AUGUUUACGGCCAAGAAAGAACAGGAAGUGAAGGUGGGCGCCGCUAUCUUGGAGUGGGAGAAAACAAAGACGGAACAAAUAAAAAAGGCAAAAGAAAAAAAGAAAAAGGAGGCCCAGAAAAAAUUAGACGAAGUCCAGGUAAAGGAUAAGAAGCAAAUGAAGGUAACAGCUACUUUGAUAGCUUGGGAGACGGAGAAAAACGAAUUGGUGAAAAAGAAGAGGGAGAUGAAGAAGAGAGAAAGAGAAGCCAAGAAACAAGCAGUAAAAGAGCAAUUUUUGAAGAAAGAAGAUUCAGAAAUGGCAUUUCUCAUGUGGAAGAAACAAAAAAAUGAAGAAGAGAAGGAGAAGCGAAGGAGAAAAAUACAGGAAGACGAAGAAGUAAGAAGGAAAGAAGAGAAUGACAAUCUGGAGAAAAGAGAGAUAGCAGAUUUAGCUUUUGCAGCAUGGAAGAGAAAUAAAUUGCAGGAACAAGGCGAAAAUAUGAGGAAAGUCACCGUUGCAUCUGAACUCGAAAAGCUCUCUGAGAGGCAAAGGCGCGUAGAGCGGUCAACUGAAGCGAUUAAGGCUUACGAGGCGUGGCUGGACAAGGUAGAGGAGCGCCAGCCUCUCCGGCUCUACAAAGAUGCAAGAACAUCCAUUGUGGCGCAGCUGCGACCCCCCUGGUGGCCCGGCGGCUCCAGUAACUCAUUACUGGGAUGUUGAUGAUGAUUCAUGACUAAACUGAAAUUCUGGUUGAAUAAAUCCCCAUUUUUGGUAGUUACAAGAAACCAUUAGUUAUGAUAAACAUCAGAUGUUCUGAUUAUGAUUCUAUAAUGAACUUACGCACACAUAAUUCGCGCACAUGUAUAGGAAGGUGUUGUUGUUUAUGGGCAUACAGUAGCUGAAGUUUUUGCCGAAGAGGGAUAAGUUUUUGUUUUUAUUGCUAUGUCAAUGGAAAUUAAUUUGUAUAUGGCAAAAUUUCUAAUGUUUCAUCUAAGUCGUCGUUUACUAUCAUAAUGUAGCAAGUAGGUUAGGUUAUGAUCUACAUGAUCCUUUAUGGCUUGUCAGAAGUCCCCUCCAAAAAGAAAUACAUGGCAGUUAUCGAUAAUUGACAAUUAUUCCUAUUUAGCAUAAAACACACACACACACACA